CAGAAGCAGCACUGUGCGCAAAGGAGUCAAACUGUAGUAGUAUCAGUGUAGUAAAGUUGAGUUAUGUAGAUAUUUGCGACGGAAUGCAAUUUUUUUUUAUACCUUUACAGAGAUGAUCAGAUAUAAUCCAUAAAUCUAAGGGGCAGACGGGUAAAGAUUUUGGCCACCCUCCCCAAGUGGCCUCUGAACAUUUUUCCUGUGGAAAGAUUGCAAGAUGAUUACUGCUUGUGCAACUUUUGUGCUUCUUUCAAUUUCUGCACUCCACUCAGGGAGUGGAUCUGAAGUAUGUCGAGGGACACGCUGCUUCCCCGGCCAGGACUGGAGCAGACCGUGCGUCGGAGCACAUUGCCAGGGGCGCACAGAGGUAUCCUCUUCACGACGGCAACUUCACCACUCUGGACAAUCAAGGACAGGGCAGGUUUAUCCGAGCUACCAGCAGGACACUCAGUUUCGUCAUCAAGCUCAGAGCACCCAGGUGUCAUCCUAUAGUAACAGCCAGCCUCAACAUGGGAGAACUGAUGGCACCAGGAGGACGAACCCCAGGACUAUUACCGCAGAGGUGUUUCAUCCUGGUUGCACUGGUGGGUCUUGUUCAACCACAAUUUCUCAUCGUCCCACAAAUGAUGACAGCACCUCAAGAGAGUGCAAAGGGGUCGGAUGUAGAUCGCCGACACAGGUGAGCCAAAAACAGCAGCCAUGUGUUGGGGAUGGCUGCAGGGUGCAUGCUGGAGAUGAGGGGAGACAGAACUCUUCCCCUGUUCAUGUGAUGGACAGAGCUGCUCAGUUCCUUGGAGAGCUCCCAGACGUUGGGUUGAAUCGUGGAGCCUAUUUACAACUGGCAUGUGACAUGAAGCCAGGGUCUAAUGAGGUUCCAGUGGAGGAUGCCCUUAUUCUGCAGCUACAACUGUCCAAGAGCCAGGACAGUUUCCUCGAGGCUCUGAAGAGCCAACAGAACGAGGUGAAAGAACUCCAGAGGCUUCUCAGUGACCAACAGGGAGCACUUGUUACCCAACAGAGGGAAAUACUAGAUCAACAGAGAAGGAUGUUUGAGCAAAUGGAGCAAGUAAAAGCCCAGUACAGCGUUUUGAUGGACACUAUCAAACAGACAUCCUUCCAGAAUCUUCAGGAGGAGCUGGACAGACACACAGAAGCCCUGAGUGGGCAGGUUAGAGUCCAUCAAAGGCAGCAAGCACUGUCAUUGCAAAAAGUGGACAUGCAAGCCAGCGUGAUGGAGGUGGGACUGCCCGAGUUGGCCUGUGGGAGUUGUGGUCCUGAGGAGUACUGCAGCUACAGCAGCGGGCAUCCUCGCUGUGAAACGUGUACAGUUUGUCCUGCUGGAUUCUUCCUGGUUGCUCAAUGCUCUGUUCACGCAGACAGGAUCUGCCAGGAUCGGGAUGAAUGUCUUGAAAUAUCAGAUUUGUGCAGGGAUAAGCAGAAGUGUAUUAACACUCCAGGUGGAUUCAAGUGCCAGGGGAUGACAGUGCGUGAAGCCAACUCCGGAAUGUGUGGCCAUGGCUAUUUUUACAACUCUGAGAUGGAUGAGUGUCAGGCCUGCAACGACUGUGAUGGGGAACCUGUUGUUUCCCCCUGCACCUUCAUGACAGACACCCUCUGCUCAGUCCCUGCCACUGAUGUUGCAGCUUUGUCUCGGUCAUGGUCUGGAGCCAUGAGUCUUCAGAGCCCAAAGGGUCAAAACAUCCCCAGCUUGCAGCUUCACAUCGAGGGAAAAGAUGAUAUGGGUCUGGUUUCAGCAGAGAACGGGCAGCUGGUGCUGAGGCAGCAUGGUUUGGUUUGGCUUGAUGGCCUUCUGUCCCUUAGUCAUGGCUGUCGCAGCUUCAUCCAGGUCUGCCUGCGUAUAAACCAAACAGAUGGCUCAGAGGGCCGGGACCUGAGUGGCAUUCGGGUGGAGCACAGGGAACGCAGGUCUCUUCAAAGUGUCAGCAUCAGUGGGGUUACAGAAGUCGCCCCUGGUCAAGUUAUGUCCCUCUUUCUCCGGCGUGCCAGCCAUCACUGCAACCAAACCACUGAAAGUCUACAGCUUUAUGACACCUCUGCACCUUUGCUUAGCCUCCUCUGGCUCUCCCACGAUACCGGGGCUGUUGCCAUGACAGCACAGGCAGUUGUUUCUGCACAUUAUCACACAAACUACCGACCAACCUUCCGCAUUGCCUCCACCUCAGACCCUUAUGUAGUGGGACUGACUCAUGACAAUCGGUGGAUCCGUUUUUCAGAAAGCGGGACAGUGCGUUUUGUGUUCCAGCAGUCAUUGUAUUCUAUGGGCCAAGCUUGUGUGAGCGAAGGGUUUCAGCUUGUGGCAUAUCUUAACAAAAAUGGAACUUCCUUGGAGAUGUUUAGGGUCUUCAAACCAGGCGUUCACUAUCGUGACACAUCUAUAUCUCUGUCCGGAGCCACGACAGUAAGCCCCGGGGAAGCAAUUGGCUUUGAGAUUCUCUCUCCCGCCCAGUGCAAUGUACGCUUCUUUGGUGAUGAGACUGGCAUCAGUCUUCUCAGUCUGUUUUGGGUCCCUGCUGGCAUCUCUUCCUCUAUGACUGCUUCUGUGUCCAACACUGGUCUUCCAUCAGGAGCAGUUCGAAACAAGCCUUUGUUCUUCCAUCAGACCAGCCCCCAGGUGCCUCAAAUGGGGCUGCUGGCAAAAGGAUCCCCAAACCAGAGGAAGGACUUUGUCUUCAGGGAGACUGGGACAGUCAGUGUGGCUUUGGACCUUAAACUCAUCCACUCCUGCAACUUAGUUAAGCUGACUCUGCUGAGGCGAAGUGACUCCGAAGGUGUCCGUGAAGCAGAGGGGCUGCGGCCUGUACCUAUAGCCCAGCAGGUAGGGGGUCAGAUGCUUGAAGGAAGCCAGUGGGCCAGCAUUAGUCUCCGAGCAUCUUUUCCGGUUUAUAACGGCACUGCAGUGUUCUUCAUCCUAGACUGUGUACGUGGACGAGUAAAUCAGAUCAGUCACCAGACAGGAAGUGGGGUGUCAGCUCUAUGGGUGGCAGCCUGAUAAAAAAGCCAAAAAAGAAUAAAACCUCUCACACCUGGUAGUCUAAUAAGAAAACCUUAGACAUUUAUUAUGAUGUUAUGUUCAGCAAGAAAUGGUGAUGGCUUAAGGGCUGGUUAUACUCCCCACAGCAGUGUGUCGCAGUGAGCUUGUCGCAGAAAUGUUGGAUUUAUGCCCCGUAUUGAAGCGUUGUCUGUGCUA